AUGGAUCCGUCAAAGUACUCGGAAUGCUCGCCAUUCACUAAUGCUGUUGUGAGCUCGAUGAGAAAGCUGUAUCCGGAAGCAUUGGCAGACAAGAGCUGGGACAAUACAGGAUUGCUCCUCGAAGCUCCCUUCGACAAAUCCCGGGCAAACAAAAACUCGGUUCUCCUCACCAUCGACCUCACAACUGCCGUUGCCGAUGAAGCCAUUAAAAACCGCAACUCAGUCGUCGUCGCAUACCACCCAAUCAUCUUCCGCGGCCUCAAAUCCCUCACCUUCGCCGACACCCAACAACGCUCCCUCCUCCGCCUAGCCCAACAUGGAAUCAGCGUCUACUCUCCCCACACAGCCGUCGACACCGUCCCCAACGGCAUGGCCGACUGGCUCUGCGACGUCGUAACAGGCAACUUCACCCUCCAAACCCCACCCACCAUCCAACCCUGCAAUUCAAACAUCUACUCCGCCCCAACCUACCCCGAAACCCCCAUCCCCGCCCAAUCCCCUUCCGGACCCGCCCACACCAAGAGCACAAUCCACCCCUCCCCACCAGCCUCAAUCCCCGCAGGUUUCGAGUCCGCCGGCGCGGGCCGUCUGGUGACAUUCUCCGAAAAACAACCCCUCACCUCGCUCAUCGAUAACAUCGCCCACGGCAUUGGUCUGCCGGGCGGUAUCCCCAUCGCCAUCCCGCAGGGCUCUUCCGUGAACGACAUCUCCAUCCGCACGGUGGGCAUGUGUCCCGGUUCGGGCUCGGGCGUGCUCAUGAAGGGUGAUGGCCCGCUGCCUGAUCUUCUGCUGACGGGGGAGAUGAGUCACCAUGAGGCGUUGGCUGCUACUGAGCGGGGAUCUGUGGUGGUUUCUCUUUCGCAUACGAACUCGGAGCGUGGUUAUCUGCGCUCGGUUAUGCAGCCGAAGUUGCUGGCGGAGGUGAAGCGGCAGUGGGAUGGUGUGAAGGCUGGUGGAGAGGCUUUGGCGAGUGAGCUUCAUGGUGAACAGGGUGAGGUGGAGGUUUCUGUUAGUGAGGUUGAUCGUGAUCCUUAUGGGAUUAUGAUUUGGCGUGGGAACUAG